AUGGCAUAUUACCAUGAGGAACGAGAACAGGCAGCCCUUUCUUCUACUACUUCUGAACAACCAACUGAAACAUUAACAGACAACCAACAGCUUAUUGACACGCAACCUUGUGCCGUUUUUGAUGAAACAAAAACAACAAACGAAGAACAAAGAGAGCUUCCGAUAAAACGACGAUUACGCUCAAAUUCAUACGAUAAAGCUGUUAAUACUGUCGUCACAACUGAUACGGAUGAAAAACAAUCUGGCGAUAAUUCAACUUCAGUACCAACAGGUAAUACAAGCGAAGAAAUAAAAGAUCAACAAGAGUUAAAGCAAAGUGUUCAGCAAAAACCAGAACCAUCGAGUGUAACCGUAAAUAAUAAUAAUCAACAAGAUGAACAAGCACGGCAAGAUGAUAUAUAUUUCGUGAAAUGGAUUGAAUUUGAUACAAAUUUAGUUCCAAUAUUAUUACAAAAUGAGAAUGGACCAUGCCCUUUAUUAGCGAUCAUGAAUGUGUUGUUAAUAAGACAAAAAAUUCGUCUUAAUGGCGACGUUUGCAUAUUAUCUGCUGACCGAGUUUUAGCUUAUUUAGUCGAUUUCUUAUUCAAAUGUAUUCCCAAAAAUAUACCAGCUGAAGAACGAUUAAAUUAUGAACAAAAUGUCAAUGAUGCUAUGGCUGUACUCGAUAAGUUAAAAACGGGCCUUGAUGUCAACGUUAAAUUUGAUGGUGUUCAUAAAUUUGAAUAUACACGUGAAUGUGUCAUAUUCGACUUAUUGGGUAUACAACUGUUACAUGGAUGGCUUAUUGAUCCACAAGAAACUGAGUUAUUAUCAAUCAUCGGUGAUUUGGGCUAUAAUCAAUUAGUUGAAAAAAUUAUUACUCAAAGACAUUCGGAUAAAGAAGAGUUAAUACGUGAAAAAAAUAAUGCAUCACAAUUAACAUAUCAUGGUUUAAUCGAAUUAAAUCAAACAAUGCGUGAUAAUCAAUUAGCUGUGUUAUUUCGAAAUAAUCAUUUUAGUACUAUUUAUAAAAGAAAUACUCAUUUGCUUGUAUUAGUGACCGAUCAAGGGUUUUUAAAUCAACCAGAUAUUGUAUGGGAAACGUUAAGAAAUAUUGAUGGUGAUAGUAUUUUUUGCAAUGGACAUUUUAGAAUAUUUAAAAAACAAGAAACCGAAACUGAGCAUCAAGAUUAUCGUAUGGCAUUGGCUUUACGUGAUGAAGAAGAACGAUUAUAUAAAGAAGGUGAUACACAGGUCGGAGACACUAAUUAUCGUGCACAGCAACAGCAGCAGCAGCAGCAGCAGCAGCAACAACAACCGCAACAGUCACUUCCAAGACAAAGACAGCAGCCACAAGGUGAUGUGCCAGAUAAAAAACAUCAUAAUAAAAAAAAAUCUAAAGAACAAUUAGACAAAGGACAGGAUAAUUGUAUACUAUCCUGA